AUGUUGCAAAGUAGCCUUUCCCACUCUCCCCCCUUCUCCCCCCUCGUCCCCCUCUCCCCCCUCCCCCUCCCCUCCCCCUUCCCCACCUCUUCCGUCCCCCCAGCCUCCUACUCCAAGGGAGGCCCGCAGGCGCAGCAAGGCUGGCGGAGCGCCUGCUGGCGCACAUUUGAGCCGUCCCAUAGCUCCGAGGUGACUCUUGAGUUCACUUUUGAGAAUUCUCAAAACCUGCUGCUCCAAGGGAGACCCGCAGCCGCAGCAAGGCUGGCGGAGCGUCUGCUGGCACAACUUCUGGGGAAGGGGAGGCGGGAGAACGGGGAGGGGCUAGCUUCGGGCGGGGAGGAUGGGGAAGGGAAGGGGGAGAGGGGAGGGGAGGAGAAGGGGAUGCAGGAGGGAAGAGAAGAUAGAAAGUGGAGGAAGAGGAGGGAGAAGGGAGAGAAGAGGGAAAGCAAUGGGGAUUUUUCUGAGUCAGGGGCAGCAGCAGCAGCAGCAGCAGCAGCAGCGGUAGAGGCGGUGGGAGUGGUUUGGGUGCAGGCGAACUCCCGAAUGGGCAGGCACUCUCAGGUUCUCUCAGAGUUCAGGCGCCUCUUUGGUGCUCUCCACCACGUGCCUCCGCCUCUGUUCCUGAUAUGGCUUUCUCUUGCUAUCUUGAUUUUCUUGAUCAGCAGCUCGCGCUGA